UACGUGACGUCGGCGUCGUGCGCGUCCAGACGCUGUCAUGGUUAGGAGGAAACUCCUCCCAGCACAAGACACCGCGUCCUGUCGCCUCUCCAGCGCUAUGGUCUCCUGGAUCAUCUCCAGACUUGUGGUACUGGUAUUUGGUACACUAUAUCCUGCCUACUCAUCCUAUAAAGCUGUGAAGUCAAAAGAUGUGAGAGAAUAUGUGAAAUGGAUGAUGUACUGGAUUAUAUUUGCCCUAUAUACGGCUGUGGAAGUCUUCACGGAUAUGUUUCUUUGUUGGAUUCCUUUCUACUAUGAACUGAAGAUAGCCUUUGUGGUGUGGUUACUGUCCCCCUACACUAAAGGCUCCAGCGUACUCUACAGGAAGUUUGUCCAUCCUACUCUUUCCUCUAAAGAAAAGGAUAUUGAUGACUACAUCUGCCAAGCUAAGGACAAAAGCUACGACACGCUGGUGCAUUAUGGGAGAAAAGGACUGAAUGUUGCCGCCACGGCUGCAGUCAUGGCUGCAGCAAAGGGUCAAGGAGUCCUGUCAGACCGGUUGAGAAGUUUCAGCAUGCAAGAUCUGUCUUCUUACCAGUCGGACCAGGUCAACCCCAGCUCUGAGUCUACGCAGCCAAGGGCCACAACAGCAGCCCAGCACCGGACCCGCACCAUGAUGCGCAGCAAGUCUGAAAGCUCCAACAAAGCACCAGCGACCUUUCCCCCUUUAUGUGGUGCAGGACAGGAUUUUGACAUGACUGAAUAUGAGGUGUUGGGAUUAGACAAGCCAAAGGAGUUGCUGACACCCGAUCCCUCCUCGCGCUGCCCACCCUCUCCCACUCCUCCAGCUCUGCAGCAGCCAGAGGAGGGAGCGAGUGAGGCGCAUCAGGCUCCAGACUCACCACAGCUCAUGUUGAUGAAAAGAAAAGCUCCGGAGCCUCCUCUUAGAGUCUUAAGGCCUCUCACAAGAUCUCGGAGCGCCGUGUCUUCAAACAACGAAGCCAUGUGAACGUGUCGGCCAUGCAGACAGGCGCCUACAGCUGCAAAAAGCAAAACUGACUCGCCAAACCUUACGUGACUGCAGCAGCGCUGCUUUGGAAUUAGUAUUACCAAAGUGACCUAUGAUGACCUGUGUAUAAAUAUGAUCUGGCAAGGAGGAUUGCUGGAGUCAGGCUUUUUUGAUCAUGUGUACAGCGUGUUUCAUCUUUAAUUUUGCCAGGCAUGGGCAGGCACCUUGCAUGCGUGUCUGGCCAUGUCAAUAACGUACACCAAGAGCCAAGGUGUUCUCCUGAGCGUAAAGAAAAACAUGUCAUUACCAGCCAAGCAGCACUGAAAUAUUUACCUCUCUUGUAAAGCCUUAAUGCAAGACAUGCAUCACAAGUCAUCAUCAAUCCAUUAUGCACUAUGUGGUGAAUAGAAAUUCAUGCCCACAAUUCCAGAAUUGACCAAAACAAUGUGGGGAAAAAAGCAAUCAUGUGAAUUUUUCUGUUUUUAUGUGCUGAAUAGAUAUUACAGUUUUCAGUCACCUCCACAAGUGCAGCAAUCAUUUUGACUAUUUAGCACAUCUUUUUCGUCCAUUAUUUGCUUUAAAAACAUGUUUUGUAGUAGUGUCUUUUGAGUAACAGCAUUUUAGGAGAUUGUAGUUGUAUUUGUGCAUUUAUGUCUGCAACAUUUGUCAUCACUGCUUUAUUGCUGAAACUAUACACAAAACUGUAGCUUCUCAGGUUUACACACCCUUCAGCGGGAUGUUGGGGCUACACACGUGGAGUAUACUUUUAAAGGAUGUGAUUAAAAACAACUCAACGGUAAAGUCCUGUGAUUUCCUUCCAUACAAUGCCAUGUGAUCUGACUAAAUCACUGCAUGAUAUUUGUCAUUUAGAUGGAAUUUUUAGGUAAACUAUUGUGAAGCUAGCUGUGCACAUUGACUUUUGUUGCUUCCACUUUGCAGGGUAAUCAGUAGAGUUUAUUUUCUGGCAGGCCAGAAUAACAUUUCAAAUGUGAUGUGAGCUAAACGCGCAACAAGAAGUGAUAUUAUGACAUGUGGGUUAGUUAAAAAUUAAAUUUACAGACAUUAAACAUGAAGAAAAUG